AUGUCUACAAACGUUCGAUCGGAGCGACUGGCCAAGUAUUUUGGAGCCGUCAUCCAUGGAAAGCAAGAAGUCCAGGAUCUGAGCAAUUUCAAGCGAUUUAUUGAAGCAGUUCUGGACAAGAGUAAUCCCGGCAUUGUUGUUCAACAAAUUAUUUCAAGCAAAAGCGCGCUGGAGGCCUUGCAAAUUGGACUGAGGCUCAACCUCACCCCGGUCUUCAUCAACGGGUACACUGCGAAGUUGAUUCAAUACUUGAACCACCGCGAAGUCAAGCUCCUUUGCAACGGCCAAUUUCUCGAGCAGCUUCUUCUCAUCAUCUUGGAACCCCGUAUCCUCUGGGGCGCAUUUCUGGAGGCGUUCCGGACCCGGAAACUGGAUGAGCAUGCGAUCCAGGCUCUAUGCUGGUUGAUGACGGAGUUGCUUUCAUUGCCUGCCUCUCGCGGGAUGGAUAUUAGAGCCGAUGCUCAGACUAUUUUGGACGAUGGAUCGCUCUUUUCUUCGUCCUCGGUUGACAUACGAAACUCGGGCCAUAAGAUCAAAUAUCUCCUAGAGAUGAAAUCACCCGCGACCACCCUACAGCACUCCGAGAUCACCGCAGGUGGUCGGCAUGAUAAUGAUUUUGCCGACUUUCGCUUGACGGCCAUCUUCCCUACUGCCGAUGAGAUGGGAUGUACGGAGAAACCGUUUUAUCGCCGUGCUGAAGACAUCGCGGCGCUGUCCAGUGGCCAACGUAUUGCGGGCCACGUUGACAAUCAGUUUCGUCUUCUACGAGAAGAUAUGCUCUCGGAGCUCCGCGAUGACCUUCAAAUUGCAAGAGGCACAAAGAAGGGCCGACGGUCGGCUUUCCACUUAAGAAAUCUCUUCCUCGCUCGUAUCCGCUGCACUUCUGGAACAAAAGACCGCCUUCGGCCAUGCACCAUUGGUGUUACUGCCCAGUAUGGACUUGAAAAACUCACGAGCCUCUCAGUGGAUGGUCGCAAAGAUUUCUUGAAGAACGCGCCCCAGUUUGUCAAGCAUCGUGCCUUUGGUUGUCUAGUUAGAGACACAAAUAUCGUGGCUUUUGCUACAAUCGAAAGAGAGAUAGAUGAACUGGUAGCUAACCCCCCAGUGGUUAUGCUGCGUAUUGCAGGCGAAGAGGCGCUCAAAAAGUCUCUGCUUUACCUAAAGCUCUAUCAAGACGUGGAGUUCCUGCUUGUUGACACCGCAAUGUUCGCAUAUGAGCCAAUUUUGAAAUGCUUGCAGGAGAGGAUAGAUAUGCCUCUUACAGAAGAGUUGUUCCUUUACGAAAGAGACCAGCCGGUGCAAGAUUCAAGUCUAGCUCCAUGGAAAGUUGUAAAGAAGUUGAAGGAAGAAUAUGGAUGUAAUGUCCAGGGCACCCUUAAAACUUCAAUGCCAGUGACGCUCGACUCUUCGCAGCUGGAUUCUCUGUUAGCCGGCUUGACACAGAGAGUGAGUCUUAUUCAAGGACCACCAGGUGCCCUUCUCGCAAAGGCCCUCCAUGACAAUAGCAAAGACAAAAUUCUGGUCAUGUGCUACACCAAUCAUGCCUUGGACCAAUUCCUGGAAGACCUACUAGAUAUUGGUAUUAAUCCAUCUGACAUCGUGAGACUCGGAUCUAAGUCCUCACAACGCACUGAGCCGCUUGGAUUGUUCAAGCAACACUCGUCCUACAGGAGGAACCAAACUACUUGGAACACCAUUAAUUCACUUGAAGCGGAGGGAAAUGAGCAAAAGGACAAAUUGCACGACUCCUUUCAGGCUUACAAGAAGCUUGGAGCUAAUGCUGAGUCUAUUUUGGACUACCUGGAGUUUGAAGAACCAGAGUACUUCGAAGCUCUGACCGUGCCAGAGGGCGAAAACGGCAUGAUAAUGGUCACCAAGCGUGGAAGACCAAUGAAAAAAAACUACCUUUAUGGACGAUGGAUCAGCAACCAAGACCCAGGAGUGUGUUCUGGUCUUCUUCCUGCUCGUUGUCGCGAUGUUUGGAGCCUGGAUCAGAAAAUACGGGAGGAGAAAGAGAGGUCUUGGAAGAGAGCUCUACUGAGUGAACAAGCAGAGUCUUUGGGCGUCAGAAUAGCAUUGUUUAACAAAUGCCAAACCCGACUGAGCGCUACUCUUGGUGAGAAAAACCGGGAAAUUUUGAAAUCAAAGCGGAUCAUCGGCUGCACCACAACCGCCGCGGCAAUGUAUUCCGAGGAUAUUCGACAUGCUUCACCUGGCAUCGUGCUUCUUGAAGAAGCAGGCGAGAUUCUUGAGUCCCAUGUGCUUACGGCGAUGACACCGGAGACCAAGCAUUUGAUCUUGAUAGGAGAUCAUCAGCAGCUACGGCCAAAAAUCAACAGUUACAGUUUGAGCACAGAGAAAGGCGAUGGUUAUGACCUGAACGUCUCUCUUUUCGAAAGACUCAUACAUGCCGGGUUUCCACAUACAACAUUGAGCAAGCAGCAUAGGAUGUGCCCCGAGAUCUCAAGUCUUGUACGCAAGCUCACGUAUCCUGAUCUGGAAGAUGACCAAAAGACCAAGAACCGCCCUCAGCCACGAGGACUGUGCGACAGGGUGAUAUUUUUCCACCAUAAAAACCCCGAAGACGUUUUUGUCGAGGUCUCCGACCGAGAUGACGAGAACUCGAAAGGGAGCAAAAGAAAUGUGUUCGAGGCAGAGAUCGUCCUCAAGAUCGUGAAGUAUCUCGGACAACAGGGGUAUGGAACAGAGAAGUUGGUCGUGUUGACUCCGUAUUUGGGUCAGUUAAGUCUACUGAAGCAGACUCUAAGCAAACAGAACGAUCCAGUUCUGAAUGAUCUUGAUUCCCAUAACCUUGUCAAAGCAGGCCUUAUGUCGCAGGCUGGUGCUUCCCACUCUAGGCGUCCAAUCAAGCUGUCUACAAUUGACAAUUUCCAAGGAGAGGAGAGCGAAAUAGUCAUCGCGUCACUCACCCGCAGCAACAAUACUGGCGACAUAGGAUUCAUGGCAGCUCCCGAGCGCCUCAACGUCCUUCUUUCUCGGGCCCGAAAUGUUCUCAUUCUGGUGGGAAACUCGGAAACAUUCGUUUCUAGUCGAAAGGGCCAAAAGCACUGGAAGCCAUUCAUUGACCAACUUAAGUCAGAGGGGCAUAUAUACGAUGGACUGCCCGUCCAGUGCGAGCAGCAUCCUCAGACAAAUGCCAUUCUUCGAACAGUGGAGGACUUCGAUCGAGAAUGCCCGGAUGGAGGAUGUUCAACCCCCUGUGGUGUGAAACUGAGUUGCGGAGUACACGAGUGCCCAUCAAAAUGCCACCAGCUUACGGAUCAUUCAAAGAUGAAGUGCAUGAAGAUCGUGAAAUGGACGUGUCCCCGGGGUCAUUGCUUAUCUCUGUCCUGUUCCCAGGUCAAGCGUUCCUGUCGUUUCUGCAUUCAAGAAGAUCAGGUUAAAGAGCGCAAGCGCAAACGCGAUCUCGAGUUGGAGAAAGAACGGCAAAGAAAGCAGAAUGAGUACGCCCAACAACUUGCAGAGGCUCAGGAGGAGGCUUCUCAUCUUAGGCGUGUGCGUCGCGAUGAAUUCGAUGAUACUGAGCGGGCGAGGGUUCUUGAGCAACACCGCCAGGAAAUUGAGGAUUUAAGGAAUCCCCCCCGACCAGUAUCUCCUCCGCGGGAAUUGAGCUCUGGAACAACUGUGAGGACACCACCAACCGUCACGGAAGCAAACUCGGACUCUAGCGAUACAACCACUCAAAGCCGUAGUGUUGCCAACGAUACAGUUACUCAACGUGCUAGUGCUCAGCCUACAAAUCGACAGGUAAUGCCGCCACCAAAGAUAUCGGCCGCUAAAAGAGACUGGGACUAUCAAAAGCAGUUCUACAACGCUCAAAGCCAGGAAAUCGACAAGUUGAUCGAAAUGAUUGGGCUUGAAUCGGUGAAAACAAAGUUCUUGUCUAUCAAAGCAAAAGUCGACGUUUCCGUUAGACAGAAUACUGAUUUAAGCAGCCAUCGAUUUGGAUCCGUAUUGCUUGGGAAUCCUGGUACCGGAAAAACAACCGUUGCCCGCCUCUAUGCAAAAUUCCUAUCGUCGAUGGGGAUCAUUCCCGGCGACAAAUUCAUCGAGACAACCGGGUCCAGGCUCGCGAAUGAUGGUGUUUCAGGAUGUCAAAAAACCAUCGAAACCCUCCUGAAAGAUGGCGGCGGUGCCAUCUUCAUCGAUGAAGCGUAUCAACUCGUCGGCAGCAGCUUUGGUGGUACCCAGGUUCUGGACUUCCUCUUGGCUGAAGUUGAAAACCUCACGGGAAAGGUAGUCUUCAUUCUUGCGGGAUAUCAACGACCGAUGGAGAAGUUCUUUGCGCAUAAUCCAGGGCUUCCUAGUCGUUUCCCCCAUGAGCUUAAGUUUGAAGAUUUCGAAGACGUGGAGUUGAUGCAGAUCUUGGUCGGAUGGAUCGAGAAGACAUAUAAAAAGCAGAUGAAGGUUGAGGAUAACCUUGGGGGACUGUACUGUCGCAUUGUCGCUCGUCGAAUCGGGAGCGGACGUGGUCGUGAGGGCUUCGCCAAUGCCCGAGCCGUUGAGAAUGCCAUGUCCAAGGUUUCUGAGAGACAAGCUGCACGGCUCGCCCUGGAAAGGCGACAGGGUAGCAGCAAAAUUGAUGACUUUUUCUUCAGUAGAGAAGACAUGAUCGGCCCAGACCCAUCGCAGGCUUUGAAAUCAUCCAAUGCGUGGAAGAAACUGCAGACUAUGAUUGGUUUGGACGCUGUGAAGAAGACAGUGGAGGCCAUUCUAGACACCAUGCGCUACAACUACCAGCGUGAGCUAGAUGAGAAGCCCCUGGUUGAAUACAGUCUCAACAAAGUUUUCUUGGGAAAUCCUGGCACGGGGAAAACUUCAAUUGCAAAGAUCUACGGUCAGAUACUUGUCGAUAUUGGGUUUUUGUCUAACGGCGAAGUGGUGGUGAAGAACCCGUCAGAUUUCGUUGGCAGCGUGAUGGGAGAGUCCGAAAAGAAUACCAAAGGCAUACUCGCAUCUACAUUGGGAAAGGUACUAGUCAUCGACGAGGCCUAUGGACUGUUUGCUGGGGGAACCUCAGAUGGAGCAGGUUCCAAGAGUGACCCUUACAGAGCUGCCGUGAUAGACACCAUUGUGGCAGAAGUACAAAGCACGCCAGGUGACGACAGAUGUGUCUUGCUUCUCGGUUACAAGGACCUCAUGGAAGAAAUGUUCCAGAAGGUCAACCCUGGCCUCAGCCGACGCUUUCCCAUGGACCAGGCUUUUGUCUUUGACGAUUUCACCUCGGGUGAACUGGAUGCGAUAUUGAAUCUGAAACUCAAAGAACAAGGAUUCGGCAUAACUGAUCGUGGCCGUCGCGUGGUAUUGGAGAUGCUCGAGCGUGCUCGCAACCGUCCACAUUUCGGUAAUGCAGGCGAGAUUGAUAAUCUACUCAACACCGCCAAGAUGAGGUAUCAGAAGCGCCUCUCUUCCUCCAAACGCCCCGGUUCUGUCCCGGAUUCUAUUCUUGAUGCUCCUGACUUUGAUGAAGACUUCGAUCGUGCUGAUAAGAAGGAAAGUGUUGCGAAGAUGUUUGAAGGCGUUAUCGGAUGUGAAAGUAUUGUUGCCAAACUGGAAGGCUAUCGACAAAUGGCCCAGAGCCUCAGACGACUGGACUUAGACCCUCGCACGCAAUUGCCAUUUAAUUUUGUUUUCCGUGGUCCUCCAGGUACCGGGAAGACAAGCACGGCCAGAAAAAUGGGCCAGGUCUACUACGACAUGGGCUUAUUGGCUUCAAGUGAAGUGGUAGAAACCUCAGCGACGGACCUGGUGGGCCAAUAUGUAGGUCAGACAGGCCCGAAGACUCAGCAAGUUCUAGAACGUGGCCUUGGAAAGGUACUCUUCAUUGACGAAGCCUAUCGGCUCGCUGAGGGACACUUCGCCAAAGAGGCCAUGGAUGAGAUUGUGGAUGGCAUUACCAAACCCAGGUUUGCCCAGAAGCUGAUCAUCAUUCUAGCCGGUUAUGAUUCAGAUAUCAACCGUCUAAUGUCCAUCAAUCCGGGGCUCACCAGUCGUUUCCCGGAAUCUUUUCAAUUUGACCCAUUGUCCCCGGAAGACUGUAUCAAGUUAAUUUGUGAGCUCUUGUUGAAAGAAAAAAGAGAUCUCCUCAGCAAAUCACAGGCCCAAUUUGAUCUGGUCUGCUUGGAGAGCCCGGACUUCGAGUUCACUAAGGCAAUGUCGCAGCGUUUUGAUAGACUUUCAAAAACUGCAGGCUGGGCCAACGCAAGAGAUGUUGGAACGCUCACGAAGACAAUCUUUGGCAAAACUCUCCAGUCUUCCAGCGGGAAAAAGCUAGUUUUGAGCAAAGAUACUGUUCUCGAAGCCCUUGACUCCAUGAUCAAUGAGCGAUGCAGCAGGGAAGUCUACCCACAAAGCCCUCCAUCAACUCCAAUCAAAAUGGGAGAUCAGACAGACCUGGCUGUACGCACUCAACCUUUGAGCAAGCCUGUUACCAAGCUGGAAAGUUCAGUCAAUGGGGAUAUGGCCUCCAGCAAAGAAUCAGACAUGAUGGAUUCUGAAACAGACAAAUCCACUACCACCACGAUUCGAGAUAAUGGUGUUCCCGACGAAGUGUGGCAUCAACUCGAGAAGGACAAAGCUCUAGCAGAAGCGAAAGAGAAAGAGUACAUGCGCUUGAAAGAGGAAGAGAAGGAGCAACAGAAGAAGAUGUUGAAACUGAAAUUGGAGGAGGAAAAGGCAGCACGAGAGCUACAAGAUGCAAAGCGAAAAGCAGAUGAAGAGGCCCAAAGACGCCAUGAAGAAGCCCUACGCCAGCAUGAGUUAGAGCGCAGGAGGCAGGAAGCAAUCUUGGAGAAGCUCCGCAAGCAGCAAGAGGCGUUGGAGGAGGCACGUCGUAAGGAACAAGCUAAUCAGAUGAAGCUACGCUCUAUGGGGGUCUGCGUAGCGGGCUACCAAUGGCUUAAACAGAUCGGCGGAUAUCGAUGUGCUGGUGGCGCCCAUUGGGUCUCAGAUGCGCAGCUUGGAAGUUCCUAA